AUGGGAGAAGCAACAUUUGCUAAACAAUCCGCUCCCCAUCGCCUUCUUGUAACGUAUAGGGAAUUUCCACCGACCAAGAAGCUCCAGAAUGUGCCCCACCAGAGAACACUAUACUUGUCUCUUGAACUUCUUGGUCGAGCUGGUCUUUUGGACGAGGCUUUUAAUGUGUUGACUUCAAUGUCAAUAGAGCAUGGAUCUGAUGCCUUGGCAGCCUUCAUUGGUGCAUGCAAAAUUCAUGGUGAUGUAAAAUUAGCGAGAUGGGCAUCAGAAAAGCUUUUUGCAAUGGAACCAAAGAAACCUGUAAAUCAUACAGUUAUGUCUAACAUUCUACAAAGCCAGCAGCCUCAAUUCAAUUCAGUUCAUAAAGAGAAAAAAUGGAGAGAGAUUUGA